CCAGUCCUUACAGUGUCGUGUUACAGUUAAAAAUAUUUUUUUUAGGUGAGCUUAUGUGUGGAUUUCACAAACUUGGUCAUUGAGCAAACAAAAACAUUGGGCAAAUAAAUACGGUUGUCUUGCUGUUCUCUGAUCUGAUCUGAAGACACCAUCAAGACUUAUUGAAUGAAGAAAAGGUUUAUCUUUAGCAUUAGUAUCUAUGUUCUUUCAUUCCUUUGGCAGUUCUAAUUACGUUUGAAUUUUGAGGUUGAGAGUAUUGCUCAGGUAACACGUGUUAUUUUCUUGGUGCAGCAUUGAGGCAUUCCAGCUGUCAAGCAACUGCGGAUGGUGCAGUUGUAUCAAGGAUACCGACACUGCUUUCACUCCUAUGCCUAUGAGACAGGUAAACGUGAUCUGAAGCAUGCACCACAGUCCAUGCAGGCCAGUGUCCAUUUGAAUGCCCUUGGAGCUUCUUGCGAACAUUCAAGUCGAAGAAACGCCUGCAAGCCACACAGGCAAGAGGCCAUUUCAUUGCCCGUAAUGUUCGUGGAGCUUCUCACAAAAGUGUAAUCUGGACCACCACCAGCGCACCCACACACAGGCAAGAUGCCAUUGCAGUGCCCUAUGUGCCCUCGGAGCUGCUUGAACAAGUCGACACUGGAAGAUCAUCUGUGCAUCCACACAUGCGAGAAGCCAUUUCAUUGCCCUGCAUGCCCUCACAGCUUCUCACAAAGAAGUCAUCUGAACCGACACCUGCGUACCCACACAGGUGAAAGGCCAUUUCAGUGCCCAUCGUGCCAUCAGAGCUUCGCAGACAAGUCUACACUGAAGACUCACGUGCGCAUCCAUACAUGCGAGAGGCCCUUUCAGUGCCCUUCAUGCCCUCGGAGCUUUUUGGAGAAGUCUACACUGAAGAAUCACUUGCGCAUUCACACAGGAGAGAGGCCAUUUCAUUGCCCUGCAUGCUCUUGGAGCUUCUCAGACAAGUCCACACUGAGGAACCACGUGCGCAUCCACACAGGCGAGAGACCAUUUCAGUGCCCUGCAUGCCCUCAUAGCUGCUUACGAAGGAGUCAUCUGAACCAACACCUGCGCACCCACACAGGCGAGAGGCCAUUUCAGUGCCCUUUGUGCCCUUGGAGCUUCUCAAACAAGGCCAUGCUGAAGAAUCAUGUGCGCAUUCAUACAGGCGAGAAGCCAUUUCACUGCCCUGCCUGCCCGCAGAGCUUCUCACGAAAUUUUAAUCUGAACCGACACCUGCGCACUCACACAGGCGAGAGGCCAUUUCAGUGCCCUUUGUGCCCUUGGAGCUUCUCAGACAAGGCCACACUGAAGGAUCACGUGUGCAUCCACACAGGCGAGAGGCCAUUUCAGUGCCCUGCAUGCUCUCAGAGCUUCUCACAAAAAAGUACGUUGAACCGACACCUGCGCACCCACAAAGGCGAUAUGCCACUUCAGUGCCCCAUGCCCUCGAAGCUUUUAUGAAAAGUCUGCACUAAAGGUUCACCUGCGCAUCCACUAAUGUGAGAGGCUGUUUAGUGCCCUUCGUGUUGGAGUUUGUGUCAAGUCCACACUGAUAACUGACGUGCACAUCCACACAGACGUGAAGCCAUUUCCAUGCCCCCUGCAUGCCCUCAGAGCAUCUCACGAAAGAGUUAUCUGAACCAACACCUGGGCACCCACACAGGGGAGAUGCCAUUUCAGUACCCUCCAUACCUCCAAAGCUUCUCGCGAAAGUCUGCACUGAUGGUUCGCCUGCGCAUCUAAUAAUGUGAGAGACUGUUUCAGUGCUUUUCGUACUUUGAAAAAAGUUCGAUAAUGUACAGGUCCCCAAGCCAGUGCACACGAGAAACAAUUGAAGCAUAAGAAAUUCAAGGUUCAUGUGUUAGUCGGUGCACCUUUUGACAAAUGAAUGGACUUUCGCAAGUACACUUGCUCCACAGUAGUGCAGAGUAGUGAAACUUCUCUAUAUAUCUUGCUUUUCUUGUUUUUCUUAGUCUUUUUCAUGGAACCCUAGUGUAAAUAUACAUGCUAUUUUUUUAAUAAAAUCCUUGAAACUUG